AUGAAGUUCGCGAAGGAGCUUGACCAGGAGCUGGUUCCCGAGUGGAGAAUCAAGUACCUCAACUACAAGGCCGGCAAGAAGUACAUCAAAGCCGUCAGCCGGGCCAUCAAUCGCGCGCAUGGCACACCGAGCGUCCGUAGAUCGGGCGACCUCCCUCCCCAUGCGACUCCCUCCUUCUACAAUGCCUCUUCCACGCCUCGGCGGACUACGGCAGCGUCCGCGGAUGACGGCGAGCCCUUACGAGACAGCCCUGCGCCCUUCGGCAGCCGACCCGUGCCCAGGCCCCAGCCCACGUCUAAGAGUGUGCCGAUAGCUAGGAACGAGAGGCAGGCUUUGACAGACGCUGCGGACGAUGAUUAUCACUAUGGCAGCUUUGUACCGACGCCGCUGGCGCAGUCCCCUCCUCCCGAGCUGGACCGGAGUAACACCUUCGAGCUGCCAGCUCCGGCGAUGCACGUCCCAUCCGAGGGUAUGGCUGGUGGUUCCAAGUCCGCAAUGACGCUGCGCAAGUCGCUUAGUAGACUAGCUCUGAAGCGCAGCGUGUCCAUGGCCGCCGACCUCCCAACCACGGACGGCCCCGCGAGCAGACGCACACCCUCGGUGGCAACGGUGGCUGAUGAUGGAACCCCGCGUCAGCGGUUAAAGAGGCUGUUUUCUACGAGCUCGCCGCUCGGGAGGAGGAACUCUCGCGAGUACAGCAUGUCCAACCUGGAUGACGUCCGCGAGCGCGAGCGGGAGUUCUUCCGGUUCCUGGACAGCGAGCUGGACAAGGUGGAGACAUUCUACAAGCAAAAGGAAGACCAGGCGGCAGAGCGCUUGAAGCUGCUGCGCGAGCAGCUGCACGAGAUGCGCAACCGCCGGAUAGACGAGAUCCGCAAGGCUAAGGAGCGAAGGGAGACGGCUCACUCCAACGGCGGCAGCUCGGGAGACAACAACUCCAGUAAUGGAAAGAAUCUGCCGUGGGUUGAUCCUCUGAAGAACAGAUUGUUCAAGCCCGGCCCCAACUCGAAAGCGCUGCAAAAGAUGCCUCAGACUCCUGUCAUGAUGUCUGGUGCCGCUGGCGGUCGCGAAGAACGGCGGGACUACACCCGCCGCCCCCCUGAAGACGAUGUGCCCUACCGCACAGCCAAGAGGAAGCUCAAGCUGGCGCUCCAAGAGUUCUACCGUGGGCUCGAGCUUCUCAAGGCGUACGCUUUGCUGAACCGUAAGGCCUUCCGCAAGCUCAACAAGAAGUACGACAAGGCCGUUAACGCCCGCCCGCCGUACCGCUUUAUGAACGAGAAGGUGAAUAAGAGCUGGUUCGUCAAUAGUGAUGUCUUGGACGGCUACAUCACCGCCGUGGAGGACCUGUACGCGCGGUACUUUGAGCGCGGCAACCACAAGAUCGCUGCGGGCAAGCUGCGCAGUCUGAGCCGGCGGCCCGGCGACGAGUCGGCGAGCUCCUUCCGCAACGGCCUGCUGAUAGGCAUCGGCAGCGUCUUUGCCAUUCAGGGUUGCGUCGAGGGCGCGCAGCUGCUCUUCCACACGGAUCCCGUCUUGAGGGAGCAGAGCAGCUACCUGAUGCAGAUCUACGGCGGCUACUUUCUCAUGCUCUACCUCUUCAUCCUGUUCUGCCUCGACUGCCGCCUCUGGACGAUGAACAAGAUCAACUACCCCUUCAUCUUUGAGUUCGACCCCCGGUCUCAGUUGGACUGGAGGCAGCUCGCCGAGUUCCCCAGCUUCUUCGUGCUGCUGUUCGGCCUCUUCAUCUGGCUCAACUUUUCGCGCCUGGGCUCGCCCGACAUGUUUCUCUAUUACCCCGUCCUGCUGAUAUUCAUCAGCUUUGUCAUACUGUUCUUGCCCGCUCCGGUGCUUUGGCAUCGGAGUCGGAGGUGGUUCUUGUAUUCUCAUUGGCGGUUGUUCUUCGCUGGGCUCUACCCUGUUGAGUUCAGGGAUUUCUUCCUAGGCGAUAUUUACUGCUCGCUGACGUAUGCGACUUGCAACAUCGAGCUGUUUUUUUGCCUCUAUGCCCAUUACUGGCAGAACCCAGUACAAUGUAACUCGAACCACUCUCGCCUGCUCGGCUUCUUCGCUGCUUUGCCCCCUAUCUGGCGUGCUUUGCAGUGUAUCCGCCGUUACCACGACACGAAGAACAUCUUCCCCCACCUCGUCAACUGCGGCAAGUACACCAUGACCAUCACGGCCGCCGUCUGCCUCAGCCUGUACCGCAUCGAUAACAAUAACACCAACCGGAUUCUCUUCAUCUUCUUCUCCACCAUCAACGGCAUCUACGUCUCCGUCUGGGAUCUGUUCAUGGAUUUCUCGCUACUCCAGAGCGGCUCGCGGCACUUUUUGCUGCGCGACAUCCUGGCCCUCAAGACGCGCUGGUACUACUACGCGGCCAUGGCCAUCGACCCGGUCCUGCGCUUCUCGUGGAUCUUUUACGCCAUCUUCACGCACGACACGCAGCAUAGCACGGUCGUGUCCUUCAUGGUGGCGUUCGCCGAGGUCACGCGCCGCGGCAUGUGGACGCUCUUCCGCGUCGAGAACGAGCACUGCGCCAACGUGGCGCAGUACAAGGCCUCGCGGGACGUGCCGCUGCCUUACCAGCUCGAGAUGUUCACGGCGGCGCGCGGGAGUGCCGAGCUGGCGGGUGGCGGUCGGGCCAGCGGUGGCGAUGGCGGUGCGGCGGAGGAGCAGUCUGCGGCGCCGCCUUCGACGGCGGGUCGGUCCACGGGCGUCGACGUCGGCGGCGCUACGCCGGAGAGGGCGGCGACGGCGAUGCAGCCGACGCCGCGGCCCGAGGAGGACGGCGGGGGCACUGUCCGCCGGCGCGCUAGGACCGAGACGUGGGGCAAGAAGUCUAUCGGGGCCAUCAUGGCCGAGGCGCACAGGCAGGACUUUGAGAAGAGGCGCAAGCCUGCUGGGGAGGGGUCGCCGAGGAGCGCUAUGGGCCGGGGAGGGGCUCUGGGGGCUGAUGAGGAUGAUGAUGAUGAUGACGAUGACGAGGCGGGGAUGACCGAUGAGGAUGAGCAGGCGGAGAGGGAGAUGUUGUUGGAGGAGACGCUUGGUGGGUUUUCGGGGGAUGAGGACAGGGACCCUGAUCGGGAUCGGGAUCGGGGGAGGAAGGAUGCGGAGUGA